AUGGCCGAGCUGGCCGUGAGCCCCGCGGCCGUGCUGGGCUUCCUGCGGGAGCGCGGCGGGCGGGUGCGCAACGCGGAGCUGCUGAGCCGCUUCAGGCCGCUGCUGGAGGCGGCGGCGGAGCCGGCGGAGCGGGCGGCGCGGCGGGAGCGCUUCAAGGCGGCCGUGAACGCCGUGGCCGUGGUGAAGGAGCGCGACGGCGCCAAGUUCGUGGUGCUGCGCAAGGCGCUGCGCGGCGGCGGCGGGCGGCUCUCGCCCGCUCCCCCGGAGGAGCUGCCCUCGCCGGGCGCCGUGUCCGAGCUGCGCGGCCGCUUCCAGAGCGAGGGCGGCGAGGUGCCGCUGCCCGCCGCCUGGCGGGACCCCCCGGCCCGGCGGGACCCCCCGGCCAAGCCCUGCAUGCUGCCCGUGCGCUGCCCGCCGCCGCCCGCCGAGACCGGGCCCCGCUCGCCCCCGCUGCGGCGGGCGCCCAAGAGCCAGCGGGCGGGCGAGGAGACGGCGGCGGUGCCGCUGGAGGAGGCCGAGCACCGGUGGCUGGUGAAGGCCGCCGGCGGGCGCUGGUCGCCGGAGCUGCACGGGCUGCUGCUGGCCGACGCCAGCCUGGCGGCCCGCCGGGACUUCAUGUCGGGCUUCACCGCCCUGCACUGGGCUGCCAAGUGCGGCAACUGCGACAUGGCCGGGAAGAUCAUCGAGGUGGCGACCAAAGCCGGCGGACACGUCAACAUCAACGUCAAGUCGUACGGCGGCUACACGGCGCUCCACGUGGCCGCCAUGCACGGCCGCGAGGAGAUCAUCACCAUGCUGGUGCGGAGCUACAACGCCAAGACCAACCUGAGGGACUACAGCGGGAAGAAGCCGCACCACUACCUGAAGGACGGGGCCUCCUUCGCUGUGCGGCGCCUGCUGGGCGACCCCGACCUCCACAGCAGCACGGGACGCUCCCUGCCCAUCAGGAAAAACACCAAGAUUGCUGCCUCUAUCCUGAGCUCCACCAGCACUUUCCUGGGGGUCAUAUCAGAUGACAUGGCUUUCUACGAUCUCACCAAGGGUUUGAGGAAGCCGUCGUCCUUAAACAAGCUCCUUGCUGCCUCCACGGGCCCGAGGAAGAAGCCCAAGACCAGAGGGAGCUUCCCCUCCUACUCGUCCCUCUGCGAGGUGGUAGAGGAGGAGCAGGAAGAGCUGGUGGUCAAGCGCAGGCCCGUGUCUGAGCUGUUCUUCAGCCACUAG